AAGUACCUAUCACUUGUUCAUCAUAUUCAAAGAGAUUGUCAUUUAUGUACCAUUUCUACUUAUGGUGAUGUGAUGCUCUAGAUUCCUUCUUCCCUUUACAUUUAUAAUUGCUAAUACAAAAACAUCUAAGAAUGAGAAACCAAUUAUGGAUUUUUCUAUUUUCUCUGCUUCUACUAAACUUCGUCUCCCAAGCUACAAGACCGGUGAUAACGAUCAGACCAGAGUCACCGGUACGGCCUCAAGGGAACACAACGUUUUUGGACGGAACAACAUGGUGUGUGGCUCGACCAAGUGCCUCUCAGGCUGAGCUACAGAGAGCUCUUGAUUGGGCAUGUGGGAUUGGGAGAGUGGACUGCUCGGUCAUCGAGAGACGUGGUGAUUGUUACGAACCGGACACGAUCGUGUCGCACGCAUCUUUUGCGUUUAAUGCGUAUUACCAAUCCAAUGGAAACAAUCUCAUCGCUUGUUACUUUGGUGGAACAGCUACACUCACCAAGAUUAAUCCUAGCUACGGAAAAUGCUCCUAUGAUGUAUCCAAAUCAGAAGUCGCUGCCGCUAGAUCUCUAUCACAGUACAAACCACGGUGGCUAAGGCUGAUGUACAUAGGAGUUUUAUUGUUUCUGUGGCGGCGAAGCUAACAUCCUCGCCGUAGAAGUCGAUCUUUGCCAGAUCAGUUGUGCCGGAAUAUUUUUCCUUUGAGCAAAGUUUGCAAAGAUUUUGGUAUUGUAGCAAUUAAGCUUCGUGUUUUGUUCUUGGCUUUUCUCUUGGGUUU